AUGAGUUCCUACAGCGUAAAAUUACGUGAGCACCAAUCGAAUAGUAAUGAAUUGGACGCGCUCGCUAGCGAGUCGCGUGUCGGUCCCGCGAGGCGCGUCGGGGACUGCGCGGGGUGUGUGGCGGCGCUCCGGCCCUUGUCCCUAGGGCUCUUUAUGGUCCUAUUAAGACUGUGCAGACCUAUUAGGGUUCUGUGGAGACCUAGUAGGGCUCUACGA